GACGGGGCGCGAGGAAAGCGCCCGCGAGGAAGGCGCAAGCGCAAGGCAAGCGGGCCCCAGACAUGGAGCAGAAAGCCGAAGAUGAGCGUUUGCAUCGAAUGCCAUACACCGAAGGUUAUCUUUGCUCAUGACUUGUGCACCUCAUGCUAUUCGAGAAAGAACCGGGCAAACCGCAGAGAGUCAGGACGCUGCACCCAAUGUGGAGGUGUCCGCGAUGACGAUCUUUUCCUUCUGUGUUCGGCCUGCCGGGAGCGCAAGGGGAAGAAGAAGCAGGAAAGGCAGUCGCUGUGGCAAAGGAGGAGGAUGGGCCUUUGCGUCGAGUGUCACGCAUGGGCCGAAAUGCACAAUCAAACCAAGUGCCGCGGAUGUUACAGGAAGCAGCUCCGGGAAGAGCACAAAGUGUUAGGAGUUUGUACUGAUUGUGGAGGCCCCCGGGAUGAGGAAUGCUUCUUUAAAUGUUUGACAUGCCGCAAGCCAUAUCUGAAGUCCCAGGUUGAGCAGGAUCAUUCGUUCAGCGUCGCAAGCCAUGAAUACGCAGAGGAGGCACCUGGCACUUUGUCAGGUAACGGCGACUACUUGCACGGGGCUAACAACGAUGGUAUGCACAUAGUCACCGGAGGGAUAUAGUGCUAGUACCUUUAGACAUGGCUAGAUAUAAGAUUCCAGCAUCAAUCGUCCGUCCAAUCCAAUACACAUCCAAUAGCUCUCUCUUCCGCUGCUACCCGCACCGCGUUUGUCUGAUGACUCUCACUAUGCCCACCGCAAGGCACGACCUCGUACCGCCCUCGACGCCCUGUCUCGGUCGGAGGUAUGGAAGAGAACCUAGCACAAACCGCCGCGGCCCCAGCAUCUUCAAGAUAAGCGCAAUCCCCUCAACACAACACCCUGGACUGUACCGAAUUAGACCCCUUAGU